GUCCAAGGGGAAGGGGCUGGAGAGCGGAGCCGGCGCCGCGGCCGCUGGGCUGCAGCAGAAGCGGAGCGACCGGGGGGCCCCUGAUGCGUGUGAACCCAGCGCCGCCAGAAAUCCGGUCCCGCAUGUCCGGGUCUGGAGGAGCAGGGAGCCGAGUCUCUGCGAAAUUCUCACGGGGCUUCCGCCAAACUGGGGCCCUUGGGUAGAUCUGAGUCAAGACGGGACCCCUGGGUGGACUUCUCCGGGAGAGGGUCCUUCACCCCAAAGGGCAAUGUGGGGGUGAAGGGACAGAAAUCCCCCCCGCGUGCCCCUCCCUUUCCUAUUUUCGCUUUCUAGCGCGGUGGAGGCAUCGAGAGAGACGCAUCUCGCUUCAGUGUCUUGACAGAAAAGAGACACCGUUUUGGCAGCCAUUUGGAAGCAAAGCCUGGGAUCCAGCUCCUUGUCUCUGUCAUUUCUCCUCACUUAAUCUGGCCUCACUGAAAUCAUCACUGAACAUGUAAACCCCCCAGAGGAGAAUGGAUGAGGAUUGUAGAAAACCUGGAGAUGCCAGGGAGAGCUCAAAACUGUCCCAAAGCUGAUUUCCAGGAGUCAUCAGAUCAAGUUACAGGGCAGAUGAAGGUUCCCUCAUCCUGCCACAGCUCCCGAGCCAGCUCCCCUCUCCCUGGGUUUAUCAUUUGCUUCCUUACCUGUUCUGUUCACAGGAUGGGAUCAGCAAAAUUCACAGUGAUUGGACCCCCUGACCCUGUCGCUGCCAUCCUGGGUCAGGAAGCUGUGUUACCCUGUCACCUGUCCCCCCGGAUGAGCGCUGCAAACAUGGAGGUGAGAUGGUUCCGACCUGAAUUUGUAUCCUUUGUGCACCUGUGCCGUGAUGGGAAGGAUCAGUAUGAAGGGCAGAUGCCAGAGUAUCAGGGAAGGACAGAGCUUUUGAAAGCCGGACUCACAGAUGGAAAUGUUCCCUUGAGGAUUCUCAAUAUCAGACCCUCUGAUGAAGGACAAUACCACUGCUUUGUUCAAGAUGGUACUUUUUAUGAAGAAACCGUAUUGGAACUGCAGGUAGCAGACAUUCCAGUAUUCGUUUAUCCCUUCUCCUGACUACCCCCGUGAACA